CCCACCCAAAAGUCUUGGCCUUUCGUCUUUUGAGUCAACUCGGACUCAUGUAUUUACUUCACUCUACAUUCCUGGAGAAAUUUUUAUCUGCAUCUGUUCUUCCAGAUCGUCCAGGCGGCACCAGCUUCUCUCCAUCAAGUUUGGUGAAUUUCAGCGCAUCAUUUGAGUUGCCAUGUUUGCUAAACAGCAAAACCUCUUGGAAAUCUCCGAAGGCAAUUCUUUUAUGGCAUCAGUCAGUAGGAUCAUCCUGCUUUUACUGGUAAUUCUGCCAUCUAAUCUGCCGUACUCAAUAGCACAAAAUUGGAUAAAGGCAGGCUACUGGUAUUCUGGCACGGAGUUUCCCAUUGCAGACAUAAAUUCAGCUCUGUUCAGUCACCUUAUUUGUGCUUUUGCCGACAUUAACUCCAGCACGUAUGAGCUUCACAUCUCUCCAUCUGAUCAGAAGUACUUCUCAGCAUUUACCAGUACUGUCAAACAGAAAAAUCCAUCAGUUAUCACACUUCUAUCUAUUGGAGGAGGAUCAGCUAAUUAUUCAGUCUACUCUUCUAUGGUUAGCCAAUUUUCAUCUAGGAAGUCAUUUAUAGACUCAUCGAUAAAUAUAGCUAGGCUAUAUGGUUUCAAGGGCAUAGACUUCAGCUGGCGUUCAGCAAGAACGGCUGCAGAUGCAACUAACAUGGACACACUUUUCAAUGAAUGGGGAGCUGCUGUUGAAUCAGAAUCAAGGAACAACAGCAGCUCGAAGCUUUUCUUGACAAUGGCUGCUCCUUAUUCACAAUAUAUUAGUGAAGCAACUCUCCCAAUAGAUUCAAUAAGGAGGAACAUGGAUUGGGUGCAUGUUUUGGCAUAUGAUUUCUACACACCUGUAGCAAAUCCGGAACAUACAGGUCCUUCUGCUGCAUUAUAUGAUCCAGCAAGCAACCAAAAUACAGAUUUUGGUAUGAAUUCGUGGAUAAGUGGAGGACUGCCAGCUAACAAGAUUGUUCUGGCUUUGCCUUUCUAUGGCUAUGCAUGGACGCUCAGGGAUCCCAAAGACAAUGCAGUGGGUGCUCCAGCGAAUGGAUCAGCUGUGACAACAGAUGGGGACAUGACUUACAAAGCUAUCAGGGAUUACAUUCAACGAUAUAAUGCUGUUUCAGUAUACAAUUCAACUUACGUUAUGAAAUACUGCAGUGUUGGGUCAACUUGGAUUGGCUUUGAUGACGUUGAGGUUGUCAAAACUAAAGUUUCAUAUGCAAAACAGAGGGGUCUGCGUGGGUAUGCAGUUUGGCAAGUUCCAAACGAUUACAAUUGGGAACUUUCUGGGGCAGCAGGUAAAGAAUGUACUUUCUGGAAUUGGGACUUUUCUAUGAACUGUAUUCAAGACCUAGGUAAACCAUGUGAAACUUCUAUGUUUAACCUCGUGUUCCAUUUAUGCAAGAGCAUAAAACUAUCUUUGCCAUGCCUUUUGUGCAUCUUAGUCUAUGCCAUUAACUAUGAAGUGAAAUCAAUUUGUCAAGGAAAUACUUCAGUUCUCCUUUUCCUCCUCUUCAAUGACCAGACACCCAUGAAAGCUGAACAAAGUAACAAAAAUCAGCAAAGGAAGAAGCAUAUACUUUUGAAAACUCUGCUUCCUGUAGCAAGUCUGGUACUCCUCUUACUCGGAGGCUUUACAGUUUGGCACAUCAAAAGAAAACAGCUUACAGGAAAAGAACUGAGGAUAGAAACAGAGAUGGGGCAUAAGCAAGUAUUUUCAAUGGAAGGCAGCGAUUCUCAUUCUCUACAAAUGUUUAGCUUUGACGAUAUUAAGGCAGCAACAAAUGAUUUUUCAAAUGAAAACAAGCUUGGUCAAGGAGGAUAUGGGCCUGUUUACAAGGCUAUAUUAUUAAACGGCAGAGAAGUAGCAGUAAAAAGGCUUUCUGCAACUUCCAAACAAGGAAUUGAAGAAUUCAAAAAUGAAGUAUUACUUACAGCCAGACUGCAACAUGUCAAUCUUGUAAGUGUUCUGGGAUUUUGCAUUGAAAGAGAAGAGAAGAUGCUGGUAUAUGAGUACAUGCCCAACAAGAGCUUGGAUUUCUACAUCUAUGAUCCAAUCAACCGCUUGUCCCUCAACUGGGAACAACGUGCACAAAUCAUUGAGGGAGUGACUCAAGGGCUCUUGUAUCUCCAAGAAUACUCAAGACUAACAGUAAUUCAUAGGGACCUAAAAGCUAGCAAUAUUCUAUUGGAUGAUCAAAUGAAACCCAAAAUAUCAGAUUUUGGAAUUGCCAAAAUAUUCCAAAAGGACAAGGUUGAAGCAAACACCGAUCGAGUAGUUGGCACCUAUGGUUAUGUUCCACCUGAAUAUGUACGAGAAGGGAUAUAUUCCACAAAAUCGGAUGUUUUCAGCUUUGGAGUUCUACUUCUUCAAAUAAUCAGUGGAAGAACAAAUAGAUGCUUUUAUGGACCUCAUUCAAAUAUAAACCUCCUAGAAUAUGCAUAUGAGCUAUGGAAAAAUGGAGAAGGCAAAGAGUUUCUAGAUGAAACACUGGAUGACACACAUUCAUCUUGCAAACUAAUGAGAUGCCUUCAAAUUGCUCUUCAGUGUGUUCAAGAAGAUCCAAAUGAUAGACCUAACAUGCUAGAAAUUUCUCAUAUGCUUAGGAACGAGAAUUUGGAUAUGAAGCAUCCAAAAAGACCAGCCUUCUCUAUUAAAAAAGACGAAGGUGGAGAUAAGCCCUCCACACAGUCAGAAGGAACAGGACAAGUUGAUACUGCAACCAUCACAAGACUAGUUGCUCGAUGA